AUGGGUGGUGUUCCAUCUGUCCCUACAGACCCAAACCGGUCCCUGCAGGUCAUUGGCGCAGGAUUUGCUCGCACUGGGACAGUUUCCAUGGCCCUGGCCCUCGAAAAGAUUCUGGACGGUCCAGUCUGCCAUGGAGGCACACAACUCCUCGGCCGCGAAGACGCCUACGUGCAGAAAUGGCUCGCCGUAUACGCCGCCAAAGACAAUAAGCCAAAGCGUCUCGCCGCCCUCCGCGAGGUAACACGGGGCUUUGUCGCCAUCACAGAUACCCCCGGCACGCACUUUAUCGAGGAUCUCUGUGAGAUUUAUCCUGAUGCUCAAGUUAUUGGAUGGAGGCGCGAUCCGGAGAAGUGGUGGAAGAGCAUGGAGCAGAUGAUUAAGCAUGCGAUGCCGGGGUGGCUGCGGUGGUAUUUGAUCAUCAUGCCUGGAUGGAGGUGGUUUCCUGUUAUCAUGGGGGAAAUGAGCAAGAGGGAGAGAGAUCUGUCGGGCUCAGGCAUUCUCGAGCACUACUACAGCAAGAUAGAAAGAAUCGUCCCGGAGAACCGUAUGUACUGGGUUGAACUCAGUGACGGAUGGGCCCCGUUGUGCAAGAUCCUGGACAAGCCUAUUCCGGACUGCCCGUUUCCGCGGGCAAAUGAUUCAAAAGCAGUAGAAGAAACAGCUCGAUAUGUUUUCAAAAGGACGGCAUUGGCGUGGAUGGGCCUUAUGGGAGUGCUGUUGGCGGUUUCAAUGUUUCUGUGGUAUAUGUACUGA